GAUCGUGUGUCCAGGACCUUGAAAAAAUUGUUCUGUUGACAGUCCGGAAGUACGGAGUCGAGUAAGAAACUUCAGAUGGAUUUGGUGCAAUGUGUUUGGUUGUGGACGUUGAAAUUUCAUCUGAAGGAAUAACAGUUAGUUUUAUCUGUCCACAGAGACAUCACCGAAGGCAAAGCAGAUGUGACGCUUCAGAGAUCUGAAUAGGAACUCGUGGAUUAAAUUAAGGUUGUGAGUUCCAGAACCUCAUCUCAUUGUGAGAGGGACAGUUCACUGGAACUUUGUGUAAAGUGCGAGUGACUGUUGUGACCCUGUGAGAAAUAUAAUUCUUGUGAACAGAACACAGACAGGCCCCAAGGCCUUGAUCCUGAGAUCAAAGACUGACAUAUGACUUGGCUUCAAUGUUAAGACUGCCAUGCAUGGUGUGUUUCAACAGUCGGGAUAGCUUCGUUGAUUAAAGUGAGGUGAUGUACUGGAAACAAUAACAAAUGUGUUUCAAGGUGUGGCAUUAAUUACUCAAUCAGAUGAAGUCCAAGGUAUCUAAAUAGCAGCAGUGGAACACCUCAUGACAGAGAUGGUCACUAGCAAAUCAAGACUCAUGACGUAAUGAACAUAGAGGACUCGACCAAUAAUGAUCAAGACGAGGAGCAAGAGCCAGCCAAUGAGAAUGCCAUGUAUAAUAACCCCUCACUUGUCGGUCUUUCACCUCAAUUCCUCAAUGACAGCGCAAACUACCAGUUCAAUUUAACAGAUGCCAUUGAAGACUCAACAAGUCCUGUCCUCACUGAAAGGGAGAGGUUCUACCGAUCUUACAAUCCCAAUGUGGGCUUGCACACCGCCGCAGUGCUAGGUGGGAUUCUUGUGUGGGUGAUUAUAUACCUGUUUUAUAGAACAAAGUGCAAGAAAGCUGUGAUUCGAUUAAUUCGAGAAAAAAGGAAAAAGGAUAAAGUGUUUGCCGAGAAAGAGGUCAUGGGAAGGUUCAUCCCGACCACUGUGGAGCAGACUUGUGGCUUGUUGGAACAUUCAACUAUCGGUGGAUUUGAACAAAAGUUUUUUGGAAAGGAUUUUGUGAUAGAUCAAAUCCAGGCCAGUAUAGAAUGCCAAAAGCUGAUAGUCAACGAACACAAUUACAGCCCCACCACUGAUGAUCAGCAUUCGAAAUGGAAUCAAACAGAGUUACCUUCCCCUGUUCUGCUUCCAACAUGCAACCUUUCUUCCCCUUCAGUUACAACACUAGACCUCCAUCAGAUGCGACAACAGCGACUUAUUCAGCAGCUUCCAAGCGUUGAAACAGACAUCGCACAGGCAACAGCUCAAUGGGUUCAGGAUCAACCACUAUCUUCACAAAGCGCCAGUUUCCAAGAUAUCUCAGGAGUAAUUCUCAAAGUUCAACCCCACACAGUGCGAAAUCACAUCCCAGGAUCUUGUCCACUGGAUUCAUUGACAUUACGACACAAUCUGACUCCAGUAACACCCAAAACAUGGAACAAAAGCAUGCCAAUAUUGUCUGAGAAUUUGCAUAUAUCAUGCGAAGAGCUCUCUGUAGAGAAGAAAACAAACUACAAAGAGGACAAGAAGGUGAAAGUGCUGCCAAAAUUGACCAUACCAAUUCCAGAUCUAAAGGAAUUUUCCUCCUCUUCAAGACUCAAUGCGUAUUCCCCAGUGCCUAUACCCGUAACGCCCACAGUGAUGAUACAGAACUUUACCUCAAAAGGAAACACCAAAAACUCCCCCCUUCACAGGAACAACAGUAAUGAUUCCAUGACCUCAAACUCCUCUGAGGAUCCGUUACUUGCUCAGCCUCAGAUGCAGAUUGGCUGGGUGGGCAAAAACAUGAUUACACUUCCCCGGACCAAAGAUUCCGACUGCAAUGAGGAUACACAGUGUAAUACCUCACAUCUACAUCCCAUUAUCAAGAUAGAUAGCAUGGAAACCAAGUUAUAGCAUUUAUCACACGGUGCCAAACUACACGUUGGUCCUGUCUGAAAUCUAAUGGAGUAUUUUGUAUUGAUGUAUGGAAAUAGCAAGAGUAUCGUGCAGACUCAUUUCAUGCAUUUUCAUAGGAUAUCUAGCUAAAUCAUCUUCAGGGUAUGUGAUCAAUGUGUACAUGUUAUUAAGUCAAAUUCUGUUUGAUUUGAAAGGUUAUAUUUGUGUGUGAGGAGGUACAUUGACACAGGACUCUACUUCAAUUCACAUGUAUAGAAGUCACUGGUUUGGUAAUAAUGUUGUUGCAAAAUGACUUGCAUAUUUCUGGAAAAACAUCAAACACCACUUACCACAUUGUUAUUUUUAAUAUUCUAUCCUAUAAAUCAAACACAUUUACAUUUGUUUACAAAGAACCACACUGCUCAAAAUUUGAUAAGGAUAGUCAUCUUUAGUCAAAGGUGUGAUCCUGAACAAAUAUUGAGUAGCAUACUCAUUCAAAUUCAGAAACCAUAAUGGAUUUGCUGAUAUGUUUGGAAUCUGUUCAUUGGCAGUAUUUCUUUGUUUACCCUUUUCCAGUGUAUGAAAUAAGCUAAAACCCAGCCAGACAUAAGGGCGUGUAACUUCAAAAUGUU